AUGGCCAAACGAAAGAGGGGAGCCGACUCGUUGUCGAUCCGCCACCUGGAAAAGUUCCAGGAAGAUAUUUCUCGCGCCCUCAAGGAGGCCAAGGGCUUUGAACGCCAGCGUAUGAGCAAGAGACAGCGCGACGCUGCCGGCGACCCGGAGAAGAAGGGAAAGCUCGAGAGAGAAAUCAACGUGCUCAAGUCGUUGGACCUACAUCAGACGGCGCGCGCGCACCUCUACUCGUCGCUUCUCAAGAUUAAACCCAUUGCGAGCCACGAAGACCUACCCGAACCGCUCAAAAAGGGCGUGGCAAAACCGGAACUGGCCGAAGACGAGCGGCUGGUCUUGCACAAUGUCACGAGCGGCCUCUACAACCGCGACAACGUGAAAAAGGCAGUCGCCAAGGCCAUUACCUUUGUCUGUGAGGCGCUCGAGAUCCCUGUCCAAGAAAAAGGCAAAAAGGGCAAGCGCGAGCGCAAGGGAAAGACGCAAGAGGCCCAAGAACCUGAGCCAACCCCUCCAGAAAUCAACAAGAGCGCUGCAAAGGAGGACGAUGAGGACGAGACAGACUUUGAAGGCUUCGACUCCGAUGACGGCGAUGAUAACGAGCUUGCGCCGCCUACAGAGGACCUUGACAGUGACGCAGAAGUCAGACGAGAAAAUGACUUUGCUGCCAUGGACGGGCUGCUGGGUAGCUCCUCCGACGAGGACGAGGACGACGAGCGUGCGAGCCUAUGGGAAAAGUACCGCGGGAAAGAAACGGUCAAUUUAGACGACAUUUCUGUAUCCGGCGGCGACUCGGACGCAGAGGUCGCAGAGGACGAGGAAGCCGAAACCGACGACGACGAAGAAGAAGAAGCGCCCACCAAGACAGCCACAAGAAGCAAUAAGAUGACCUCCCGAGGCGUCUCCCUCUCGCCCUCGCCCGAGCCGCAACGGAAGCGGACCAGAAAGGCGGUCCCAGCCAGCGCGCCCACCGAGUCGACGUUCCUGCCGUCCCUCAUGGGCGGCUACAUAUCAGGCUCCGAGUCGGCGUCCGACGUCGACGUCGCGCCGCCCACGAAGCGCCGCGGCCAGCGCGCCCGCCGCGCCAUCUGGGAGCAGAAAUACGGCAGAAACGCCAAGCACAUCCGGGAGGGGGCCAAGGGCGGCGGACGCGACGACGGCUGGGACCGGAAGCGCGGCGCCGUGGACGCGGCGGCGGACGGCAAGACGCCGUGGAAAAAGGGCGUCAAGAAUCCCUUUUCGUCGUCUAGCGGCCCGGGGCGAGGAGCGCAGCAGCAGCAGCAGCAGCAGCAGCAGGAGACGAGACGACCGCCGCCGCCGCCGACGAAGCGGGAUGACGAAGGCAAGUUGCAUCCGAGCUGGGAGGCGAGAAAAAAGGCCAAGGACGCACAAAAGGCCACAGCUUUUGCGGGAUCAAAAGUGGUGUUUGAUUAG